CGUGACCUCUUGACUUGCAAAAAUCAAAACAGUGUUUGUGAAGCAAAAAAGUAGUGUUUUGCGAACUCAAUGAAAAAAGUGAUUAAAAAAUUAACAAUUAAUUAAUUGUUUUAUACAUUGAAUUUGUUAUUGAAUAAAUAAGUUUGUAACAGUUAUUUAUUGAAAAAACGUGUAGGCCGUCCGCCUAUAUGUUACUUUCUAUAUAAAGUAACGGUAAACGCUCAACAGGAAACUUUGGAUAAGUUUGUUUGUGUGUUCAUGUGCAUAGGAUUAAUAAUUUAGAGAUAUGGGUAGAAGCGGAUACACUUGUGUGAGACGUGUCUUCUGUUGGCUCAACAUUUUGUUAUGGUUAACCGGAGGUGCUGCCCUGGCGGCCGGCGCCUGGCUGCGCUGGCGAGGCGCAAUCUGGGCAGAUGGAGCCGCCAAACACAGCGGCCCUGCGACUCUUCUUCCGCAGCACGCUGGAGCAGCAGCCGAUGUUCCCUUGAUGGCUGUCGGAGUCCUCACGCUGACGGUGGCCUUCUUCGGAUGCUGCGGGGCUUGGUUCCAGAACAAGUGUAUGCUGGUCACGUAUUUCAGCCUGGUGAUAGUGCUGUUCCUGAGUGAAUUCCUGGUCGGUUCUUUAGCCUUUGUCUACAGACACGAUAUUGGAGCCAGAUUGGCGAGCGAGUUAAGGGACUCUAUCAGGGAUCAUUAUAAUACUACUUCUGACUUAGCUGAUGUCUGGGAUAAAAUUCAUACCGAGUUUCAAUGCUGUGGUGUCACCACAUACGAAGAUUGGUACGAUAUUUCAGCUUGGCCAGGUGAGCGUUGGGUUCCAGCUUCCUGCUGCAUGCCUUUGCCCGAACCAGUUUUAGGACCAAGUCUAAGUGACCGAACUACAGCUACCAGUGCUCACAGCCAAAAUCAACAGCAACAUCACUGUGGACAGACUCACAAUCCAGUAUUAUGGUACGGUCAAGGUUGUGCUGAAGGACUACGAUUGUGGCUGGUGAAAAGGUUACAUGUUGUCGGUGUAGUUGGAUUGCUCAUAGCAUUUGUGCAGUUAUUCGGUUUGAUAUCAUCGAUGCUGUUGUUCUGCACUGUGAGGCAUAAAAGAUCUGCACAUUCCUACAAAUCAUAUUCACCACAUGCCUAAAAAUAUGUCAGCAUAUCAACAAAUAUAAGUUUGUAAUUAAUACUGGAUCAAGAACUAAUUCGCAAAUAAUAUACAUUCAGAAUCACGACAGAAAUAAUAUAAAACAUAUUGCUCACGGUAAGAAUAAAUUUACUGCAAAAGAAUGAUUAGCAAUAAAAGAAAUAGUUCGUAUAAUUAUAGUUCUUUAAAUACAACUGUAAAUAUUUUAUUAAUAAACAUACACAUAAAUUGUAAUUAGUUAAAAAAUACUCUUGUAUAAGGUAGGAUAAGAAAUUAAACUUACCAGUUGUAAUGAAUUAUAUAAGUUAUUUAAAGUUUUGAAGGGGUCAUCUUUUAUCUUGGAACAAUUAUUUUGAUAUCUCAGUAAAAGAUUUAAAUUGAACCCUACUAUAACGAGGCCAAACUUAUUAUUAUCAAGCUAAUUUGUAGCGCGUUAUAUGGAAACACAACAAAGAUCAAGUGGUCGGUGGUUUUACUGAAUCUUUCUCUUAAGUAUCCAUGUCUCUGAUCCAAUAUCAUUAUUUAUUUAACUAAACAAU